ACCGUGCGCCGCGCCCGAUGAGCGACGUUACCGAGAGCCAAUGGCGGCGACGGGUGUAGCAGCCCCGCCUCGCGGCUGCCCGACCGCCCGUCCCGGGUUAGGCUGCGCCUGUCAGUGAGGGCGGCGGGAUGGCGGCGCUUUACGCUUGUACCAAGUGCCACCAACGCUUCUCCUUCGAGGCGCUGAGCCAGGGGCAGCAGCUCUGCAAGGAGUGUCGAAUUGCGCAUCCCAUUGUCAAAUGCACUUACUGUAGGACCGAAUUCCAACAGGAAAGCAAAACCAACACAAUAUGCAAGAAAUGUGCUCAGAACGUGAAGCUCUAUGGAACGCCAAAACCAUGCCAGUACUGCAACAUAAUAGCAGCAUUUAUUGGCAACAAGUGCCAGCGCUGUACGAACUCAGAGAAGAAAUAUGGGCCACCCCUCUCCUGCGAACAGUGCAAGCAACAGUGUGCAUUCGACAGGAAGGAUGAUAGAAAGAAGGUGGAUGGGAAGCUGCUGUGCUGGCUGUGUACAUUGUCCUACAAACGGGUCCUACAGAAGACCAAAGAGCAACGCAAACAUCUAAGCAGCUCUUCACGGACGAGCCUGCAAGAGAAGGAGCAGUUCAGCAGGCUCAGCAGUGGCAGCCACUACAACAGCCAGAAAACCUUAUCCACCUCCUCUAUUCAGAACGAAAUUCCAAAGAAGAAACCCAAGUUUGAGGCCAUAUCAGCCAACGGUGACAGCGUUCCUUCCUCUCCCGAGAUGCUUUGCCCCCCUACCCAGAGUGCCCCGUCCGUGUUGGUGCAGUGGGCUGCUUCCCAACAGAGUCCCGGUGCCCAUCAUUAUCCUGUUUCUCAAGGCACUGACGUCCUGAACUUUUCUCCAGACCUUGCCCUGGACUCCCCUGGCACGGACCAUUUCGUUAUUAUCGCCCAGCUGAAGGAAGAAGUGGCCACUCUGAAAAAGAUGCUGCACCAGAAGGAUCAGAUGAUCUUGGAGAAAGAGAAGAAGAUCACAGAGCUAAAGGCCGACCUGCAGUACCAGGAAUCCCAGAUGAGGGCAAAAAUGAACCAAAUGGAGAAGACACACAAGGAAGUCAUGGAGCAGUUACAGGCCAAGAACAGAGAACUCCUGAAGCAAGCAGCUGCCCUGUCCAAGGGCAAAAAGCCUGAGAAGUCAGGAGCAAUAACCUCCCCUUAAAACAAACUGGGAGCUUCCCCAGCAUUAACCCAGGAGGCCUGUCUGUUCGGCUGGAAUCCAAACCUCAGUCUUGUUACUAUCCUAUCGCUAUGGACUCGAUGGAACGCCUGGUGUCUGUUGCCUUUCGACAGCAUGUUUGAGUGUGUCUGGUUUCAAUAUCUGUUGAAUACUGUUAUAUAGUAUAGUGAUCCAUGGGGAGCGGUGUACCCCCACAUCUUGCUGUCCCCCAGGCCCUGGAACUAAUGGUCUCCAGAAGAGACCUGUUUGGGAACAGGUAUUACCACUGCCACGUCAUACAUUAGAAAACAGGGAUCCUGUUACGCUGGAGACCCGUCUCUGCAGUUUAAAAUCUGCUGGGCUGAGGCACAAUCUGUUGUUGCCUGUUUUUCAGGCUUGCCAAGACUUUUGGGGGCACGGUGAGAGCUUUAUUUUCAAGUGUUUUGUGCCUCCUUUGAAGAGAAGCUCUGAAAUCGCCUUCCCCGGAGAGAAAGCAGGGGGCAGCACGCUGAUCUGUCUGGAGCAGUUAUCUAUCUUUCAAAAACUGUUCCAAAAUCCGGGGUAGAGAUUUAUCUUGGGUUUUUAAAACAUUGGCUUGGCAAACCUAACUGCCUGUUUUGAUCACCUUUGGUUUGAGAGUCUUACAGAAUAAUUGCGCAUAACCAUAUGGUGGCCCUGUGGGGCUCAGGUUAGUGGCUCGGGCUAAUCUAACUUCUCUGGCACUGCAGAAAAGGCAGAAGGAGAGCUUGAGGCUGUCUUAGACACGCUCUCCCCUCCCCAGUCCCGGAUCAAGUUGAUCCUUUUACGUCUUCUCCUCUCCACCCCACUUCACUGACGUCAGGUGUAGGAUGAGGCUGGUUACAAGAAGGGAGUUCAGUCAGGUCAGUAAUGACACAAAGUAGGAAGUGCAGAGACGCCCCCAACCUCCAUUCCCAACAAAAGCCAGCAGGAUAAAAGAGCUGAGAAGGUUCUCUGCUUUGCAGAAACAGUCUGACUUCAGAAGCAAAGAGGCCGUAAACAGCUCCAGAAAGGUCAGCUGGAAUGUGUACUCCUAACCCACCCUCAUUAGAGGAGAGCUGAGCUCUGCAGCUGUCGGAGCCCUGCCCUCAGGGCAUCUCUUAGAGGGGGAUAAAAAGCACUCUGCCGUGCAGAUGGGCUCUCAAGUCAGCAGGUUCCAGGCCAGGUUACUCCAUGGAAUCCCGGUGGCCAGCCCUAUUCACACAAGGUGGAGAGAGUGCUCAGGAGUUGGAGACCCUACCUCAGGGGAGUAGGGGAAAGAAACUACCUUAAUGUAGACAGGCACCAAAUGGAAAGAGAUGAGACACUGACCCUUUGAGACAGGGCUAGCUGCUCUAGCUGGGUUUUUAUUAAUCUUUUUAAGUAGAGAGUUGCAGGGUUUUUUUUUUUAUUAAGAUGAAUUUAUUCAAUGGCACUUUUCAGACAUUGUUAGCUUUGAGCGUGGAAGAGCACAUUGAAGCAUCAGAUACUGUCAUGCGGUUUUGGUUUUGGUUUUUAAAAAGACUUUAGGAUGCUAAGAAAUCAUUGCACUCUGCCAGAGUGUGACAGCUGG